ACAAAAAUGCAGCGCAAGAAGUAGAACAAACAGCAGAAGAAGAAAAGUCAAAAUAAGCGCGCUUAGCUCACUGACAGUUGAAGUGAAACGCAAUAUGCAUUUGCGAAAAUUGUAUGCGCAUGCAGAAAUUAAUAGUUGGCGACGUAAAAUAAGUGAAAAAUAUUAAUAAAAUGUGAAAAAAGUGAAAAGCCAUCGCUUGCUGUGGAUAUCAUAAACCACAAUUGGCAAAAAUGUGAAAAAAAUGUUGUGAAAUUAAGCAAAUGUGCGCGGUAAUGAAUCGGAACGUUUGGAACGCGUCGAGCCGUCAAACCGUCCGGCGUAUUCCAUGCUCGCGCAAAGUGGUCGACGGUCGUGCAUGCUUAAUAAGUGCGCUUGUUGGUGGUGGCAUGUGUUGGACGCAUGUUGCGCAGCCAGCAUAAAGCAUGUGGCACUUUCAACGGAGCUGAUGUGCACAUUCUGUGCAUCCCUAUUGUGCUCACAUUCAACAUCUCAACAGAUCACAGCAAUGGCGCUCGCAUCUCCACACUGGCUCCACAUUCGCCAACAACUCGCUCCAACGGCCGCCAGUGAUCGCGACAACAGAGUGAGUUGUAAAGUUUCGCAAAGCGCUGAAUUCAGUCUCGUUUUGACUCUUUCGUUUGUGUGACGUAGUCUCGUUGGCGAUCGGUUGAAGCGCGCGCUUUCUUGUCGGUAUACAAAUACAAAUUGUUUACACAUUACGAGCUUUUUUUACUAACAAACAAUAUUGGAGCGCAAUGGAAUAAAUUUGAAUAAUAAAUUACAAGCGAACAAUCUGAAACUCUAUUAAAUAUUUAUGAAUUGUUUGUGAAUUAAAAACUAAUACUAAUAAGCGUUUAUUCACUGUCAAACGGUUGUGUGUGAAAUUGUUUUUGAGUGCAGCUUGAUUAAGCUUUAACAAAUCGGAGUGCGAAUCAUAACUCACAAAACGAACGUAAGGAGUUAAUAAAAUUUUCAACUUAAAUUAUUGUUAUAUUUUUUGCGCUCAGUUAUGUGCGGUAAUUUUUCAUUCAUUCGAAGAAUUUAGAAAUAAUAUAAGAAACCGGUCAAUCGGCGCGCCGCACAUUUGCUAAGUUCAUUAGUGUUUCUGCACAUUAUUAACUACUACUACUGCUGCUUAUGAAUUUCUAACUCACUGACGAAUUCGCGUUUUCUGGCGUGCUGACAAUUAUUUAUUUUAUUAUUUGUUGUUGGCUUUGUGAAAGAGUGGCUAUCGCGUGUUUUUCUUGUAUGCGGAUAUUAUAGAAUAACAGGAAAAAAAGUUUUAGAAAAAAUGUGAUAAACCUAUAAUUAAAAUCGCAUAAAAUAUAAUUUAUUAAUAAAAAAAAAAUACUUUUUUUCGCUUCAAAUAAAAAAGUUAGAACGAUCAAUUAAAAUCGUGCGAAUUUUUUCUUGUGAGUUCAUACUGUGCAUUUAAAGUGUGGAACUAAUAAUAAAAGUUUAUAAUUUCUUAAAGAGAAACGCACUAAUCCACGAAUAAAUAAGUGUUAAAUAAACUGUUUAAUACACCGACAAUCUUCUUCUAUAUUCUCUGUGAGUUUAAACAAAUACAUUUUACAUAUAAAAUGUUUUCGAAGUGCUGCAAUUAUUAUUAAACUCUAAAAUAUAAACCACUAAAGACAAGAAGCUUAAUAGAGGAUUUUUAAAAGCAUGCUAAUCCUGAAAUUCCAUAAAAUGUCAACACAUUUAUUAACAUUGCUGCUGCUGACAGCGCUGCUCUGUCUGCAACAGUGCGUCAACGCAUACCGCCAUAAGGCGGCCAAUUACGAACUUUUGGACAAUGACUCCCGUUUUAUAUCAUAUCAAGAUUUAAUGUCGACUUCGAAACGUUUCAACGAUCCAAAUACGACUUACUAUUCGCAAAUGUUAUUUGAUGUGGCGCGUAAUCAAGUUAUUGUCGGUGCACGCGACUCAAUUUAUCGCAUGUCCUUCGAGUUGGAGCCACUGGAACGUGCCGUUUGGGCAGCGCCGCCCGAACAGAUCAACAUUUGUCAGGUAAAAGGCCAGUCGGAGCGUUUGUGUCGCAACUAUGUGCGCGUACUCCAAAGCUAUGGUGAGAAUCAAUUGUACGCGUGUGGGACGAACGCCUUUCAGCCGCAAUGUUCAUGGCGCCAGAUGGAGAACCUUACCAUUGUGGCCUACGAUAACGGUGUGGGAAAGUGUCCCUUCAAUCCGCAUUCAAGCAUAACCAGUCUCAUGUCCAGCACCGAUAAAAUGUUUGUGGGCACCGCAACCGACUUCUCAGGUGGUGAUCCGGCGAUUUUGCGCACCGAAGUGCAGCCAAAGAAAAUCUUCGGCUAUCGACACAUUGUACGCACACAACAGUACAACAACAAUUGGCUGAAUAAUCCACAUUUUGUGGGCAGUUUUGAGUCGGGCAAUUUCGUUUAUUUCCUCUUCCGCGAACCGGCCAUGGAGUACAGUAGCUUUGGCAAGAUUAUCUACUCGCGCAUUGCCAGAGUUUGCAAAAAUGAUGCUGGUGGCGAUCAAAUUUUGAAGAAUAGUUGGACUUCCUUCGUUAAGGCGCGUUUGAAUUGCUCGUUACCCGGUGAAUAUCCAUUUUAUUUCGAUGAGAUCCAGGGCAUGACUUACUCGGCCGAUGAGGAUGUGCUUUAUGCGACCUUUACGACACCAAGCAAUAGCAUACAAGGUUCAGCCGUCUGUUCUUACAAUCUCACAUCUAUAAAUGCCGCAUUCGAUGGCCCCUUCCGCUAUCAGGACUCUGCGGAUUCCGAUUGGCGCAUAGUAGACAUGCCACAUCGCAGCCAGUUUCAGUGCGAAACGCCAUCGCCAGACAUGCGCUACAAACGAUUGCUCGAGUCUUCGAAGUUCCAACUAAUGGCGCAAGCCGUGCAACCGAUGACCGAAGAGCCGCUGUAUUAUUCCAAAUUAGAACGCUUCCAGCAUAUUUCCUUGGACAUACUGCAAACGAAAACCGAAAAGGUGCAUGUGCUGUUCGUUUCCACCGAUGACAAGCGCAUCAAGAAGCUUUCCGUGAAACAUCAGCUGGAGGAGCGACGCGCGCAAACUUGUCUCAUUGAAGUGUGGCAGUCGGCGGAGUAUAAUGGCGCCGAUGGUGAUAUUUUGAAAAUGGAAUAUUUGAAAGUAACGGAGUCGCUCUAUCUCGGCACCGAGCAGGCGCUGAUACGCAUACCGGCGCAACGUUGCAGUCGUCAUGUGUCGCAGAGCAGCUGCUUGAAUGCUAUGGACCCCUAUUGUGGUUGGAAUGAGUUGAUUGAGCGUUGCACGCCACAAGAGCUUGUGCAGCAGUUGAAUAAAUUCUGGCUGCAGCCGGACACUUUGCAGUGUCCCAUUUUGAAUGCACCCAUCGAUGGCGCUUGGUCUACUUGGUCGGAGUGGUAUAAAUGCAAGAAGCACGGCGAUGAUGAUGGCAAUUGUAUGUGCCGUGCACGUGAAUGCAACAAUCCACAACCGCAAAAUGGCGGGCGCAGUUGUGAUGGCAUUACUACGGAGGUGACAAACUGCACGGUGCAUGGUGAUUGGACGAACUGGUCUGAGUGGUCUGCUUGCUCACAAACUUGUGGUAUUGCUGUGAAGACGCGUCGACGCACAUGCGGCAAUCCAAAGCCCGCGCAUGGUGGACGCACCUGUGUUGGUGAUGAUCAUCAAGAAAUGUAUUGUCGCCAUUUGCCACCUUGUCCCACACCCAAGUUGCAAGCCAUCGACGGCGGUUGGGGUCCAUGGGGUGUGUGGAGCGAAUGCAGCACACAAUGCGGUGGCGGUUUUCGCAUAAGACGUCGCGAAUGCAAUGAUCCCGUGCCACAGAAUGAUGGUCAGGAGUGUCCUGGCUGUGCUAUCGACUACGAAGUCUGCAAUGUACAUGCCUGCCCUGAAGUGAAGAAAUUAAGCUCAUGGACACCUUGGUUGGUGGAAUACAAUGAUAGUCGCAAGAGCACCGAAACAAGCGGCACAUAUGUGGAGCGACGCUUCAGAUACGCCUGUCGUGGCAGCACUACAGAUGUGAAUAGUUUACGCAUAACGCUGGCUAAGGAGGAGACGCGCACUUGCCAUGCGGAUGGCAGCUGUCAGCGGCAUCAUGAGGUAUUGGCUGGCGCGCCCGCAAUAUCGGAAGAACGCGAAGAGCAUAGUGAAUGGGGACCUUGCAGCGCCAGCUGUGGUGGUGGACUGCAAUAUCGUGCACAUGACGGUACCGGCAAACAUCGCGGACGUCAUGCGGCACAGGCGCGCGUCUGUAAUAUACAACCUUGUGAAGAUGCCGCAGUGGUACCGGCGACCAAUCUGAAUGAAGUGGUGCAGACACACGAAUGGAGCUGUUGGACUGACUGGUCGCCCUGUUCGGUGACAUGCGGCAUAGGUUUGAGACGACGCACGCGUCGCUGCUUGGGUGGACACGAUAAACUCUGCGCUGGCAAAGCGAUUGAGGAGGAAAAGUGCGCAAUGGCGCCCUGUACGGAUUUCAUUGGCUGGAGCACAUGGAGUCCUUGGUCGGAAUGCUCAACUGAGGGCAUACGCAUAAGACAUCGUAAAUGUAUGGUAGAUGCGCCUUCAGCGUCCGAGUGCCGUGGUGCGGAAUUCGAGAAGACCGCUUGUGUGCCAAACGAAUACGAAGCCUUGCGCCUUUCCUCCAGCACCUCCUGGCCCUGGAUAAUAUUACUCUGUUCCAUAGUCUACGUCAUCACCAUCAUUGCCACAUUCUAUUUGACCAAACGUUUCAUAAAACCCGUCGAUUUGUCGUUGAAUAAGAACAAUACGCCGGCAGCGCCCAGCUAUGAUUCCUACGCCAAUCAGUAUUCCAGUUUACCCACAAAAGAUUCUUUAAAUUUACAGAUCUACGAGGUGCGUCCGAAAGUGAAGCGACAGUCCAGCUUCAACAUGUGCUCGCCAUCGCCGUCGAAGAGCUGCAAUACCGGCACGCUGACGCGCAACAAUAUGGCGCACAAUCACACGCCCAAAGUGCUGGCGAAGACCUACAAUGAUUGCGAGACGGGCACCUUGAAGCGGAACUCACAUCAACUGAAUAAUUAUCGCUCGAAUAUCGACGAUGAGAAGUUCUAGUGUUGGUAAGCGCUAUUUGGGUGCAUGAAGAAGCAGCAGCUGCAAGUCCAGGCACUCGAAGGUGCCUAAGUGAAGUGGGCGCUGAGGGCGCUGUUGCUGGAUAAGCUCGUGUGCCUUUUAGACGUUAAGUAAACUCGUACCUUUGGUCGCUCAAAUGUGCUCUACGCUGCUAGGCAGCUAAUUAAGAUGCGUCUUAAGACAGCCACACAUACUUAUGUAUGUAUGUGCUCUUAUUAUAUAACUAUACUUUAAUUUCUUGUGAACAUGAGACUCAUUGUGGAACAUUGCAUAGUAUCAUUUUGUGUGCCAUCAGAGCGCUAAGUCUGCCACAAAACCGAAAACUGUUAGUAAUUUAAAGAAGAAAAAAAACAAAAAUAGUAAUUCACGGAACGUAUUCAACUGAGCAUUAGAACAUUGAUCUACAGUAAAAACAUAGAUAUAUAUAUUUUUUUACAAUUGUUGUUGUAAGUGCUUUGCUAAGUUCAGUUACGUGCAGUGAAGUGCAUUUAGCGCAUAAGCCAGUAUUGACUCAUAUUGAGUACGAAUAUUUUGAUAUUUAGCAUAAAAUUGAUUAUGUUUGUUUGUAUGUAUUUAUCAGAUAGUUAAGCUAGUUUUAGGUAUGUUUAAUUUAAUUAUUUCUUGCAACGCAACGAAAUUGUCAACGAAACAAUUUUAGCUGCGAAUUUCGUUUCAUUAAUUGCUUUCACCCUGUUUACUUAAUUUGAGUUAUUUCAUUUCAAUGCAAUCUAAAUUCUUUCAUUUAAUUAGAAAAAAUGCGUACAAAAAUUCAAAAAUUUUUAAUUCGAAAAUUUUUUUUUUUUAAUUUUUUCAAUUUACCAAUACUACUUAAAAAAUACUUAAAAUUAUAAAUUUUUUUCGAAAAUAUUUUCGAAUUCGAAAAAAAAACACAUUUUUCAAC